AUGACGGCAGACGAGUUGCCGGACAUGACCGGCCUCCUGCCCACGACGUCGGUGUGGCGCAACAUCAAGCGACCUGGGUCGGACAUGGACAUCGUCGCCACCCUCACCCACCUCUUCAUGUGCAAGACCCAGCCGCACAAGUGCCAGAUAAGGAACACCUCGUCCAUCAUAUGCAGGAAGAUAUACAAGUCAAGAGUCGUUUCGGCCCUCGUGAGGGACAUCCGCAUGCGCCUGCGCACGGACCACCUGUUCAUCUCGCAGACGCACGACACGAACCUCACCACGUGGAUAGGCGAGAAUCAGAAACUGGUCUACUGCGCGAUGAAGGAGUUCUACGUACACCAGCUGUCGCACUGUCACCCGCUGCGUGACGUCCUCAUGGAGUACACGCCUCACGAGCAGUCCGAACACGAGAGGCACUCGCGCUCGACCAUGGACGCCGUGCGCGACGUCAUCUCCAGGUCGCCCGACGCUUCGUCCGCGCUCGCACGCAUCGAAGCCGUGUGUGUGAACGCGUGCAAGCUGGCGCAUACCCACAUCACCAAGCUUUCAAAGGGCACCUUCGAGGACGUUUUCUCUUCCACCGCUGCCUCGUGGGUGGUCAAACACGAUUCCGUGUUCGUGGAGCGAGCGGCCAGGAAAAUCGGCAUCGUGCAUGCACACUCGCCCGACGACGCAGCGCACAUGGAGAAGGCCGGGCUGGUCGUGUACGACAUGAUGCUCCAGGGAAGGACGAAGGCGUACGUGCGCAUGGGCCUGUUUGAUGUUAUGGGUCCGUUCGAAGGAGACGACGAAAGAGCGAGGAGAAACGCCGGCAUCGCGAGGAACCUGGCGCGCUUCGUGACCUCCAAGGACCCGAGCGACAGGGGCAGCUUCCAAUUGGCCAUACGGAUGCUCGGGGAGCUGGGGGUCAUGAGCCGUGAGGGAUCGCGCGAGCUGGCCUCUCUCUUUGAGUCGUACGAGCUUUCCAGCAUGCCCUACAACUCCAUCGUCGACAGCAUCGAACGCAUGCGAGGCAGCUGCCAACGCGACCUGAUCAUCUCGCUCGUCUUCACGAGGACCGUCUACCGGAAGAGGGGCUUUGGCCAGGUGGCGCUCACGGGAGACGUCGCCCUGCGCCAGGUGGAGGCCAGGCGCAGGCUCUUUCGCGUCAUGCCGUGGCAGGAGACGCCGGACGACGUGGGCGUGGUGCGCUACUGCACGUGCGGCGCAUGGGCCGAACACGUGACGGCCUACACCAAGAAGAAGAACGACACCCCGCUCAUGUGGAUGACCAACUACAAGAUGGACGCCAUCACGGGCCGACCUCAGUGCGCCCUGAACAAGUGCCAACGCCCUCUGAGGAAGAUGGACAUGAUCGGCAGGUGCGUGAGGAUCGCUAACGGCAAGUGGCACGCCCUCUGCGCCAAGUGCGGCGUCCUCGUCGAGCUCUCAUACCCGAGGCCUGGCACCGCUGAGCUCAUAGGACAGCUCACAGGGAUAGGACCCGACUGCGGCUACCACUACCUCGCCGACCGACAGCACGGACAGCAACAGCAAAGGCACCACGGAAUCAUCAUGCCCCAAGACCAGAUCAAAGAGGGGAGAGAGUGCUUCAUCCACAUAGUGGCUCGCCUUGCCGGUCCGCACCUGACUCCCGCACCGAAAGUCGCCGCCACCAUGAGGAGAAGAGUCGUGCGCAUGAACACCGAGCGCGGCGCACUUGCGACCAAUCCCUCUAAGCGCCUUGCGGUUGUGAGCGAAGCUGCCUCCUCCUGCUUGCACUCCGUGCCCCCUUAG